AUGCCUCCUAGUUAUGGAUGUCGCAACCACAACGAUCAAGAAGAUCCUCAGAAGGACAACGAAAAGUUGUGUCUUCCUAGUUGUGGACAACGCAGUCUUCAAAAAGAACACUGCGAAGGACAUUCCCUUCAUGAGAGUCAAUCCAGCUUUUAUGAAAGUGAAAAAAUGGUCCAGUCUUUAACAGAAGUCUCGUCAAAAUAA